AUGGAGGAUUUAAUACUUGAUCUACCCACCUUUGUGAGAUCUUGUUUUAACGAUCCUGGUGAUUUUUUGGACUGGUUAAAAACAUUCAAUUAUGUUGGCCAGAGUUGCAAGGAUAUAAAGGAGAGAUACGGAGUUCAAACAGAUGGACUUUAUUAUUUAAAGUCUAAAACAGGAAUCAUUUAUGAAACCUACUGCGACAUGACCACUGAUGGUGGAGGCUGGACUCUAGUUGCCAGUGUUCAUGAGAACAAUAUGCUUGGAAGGUGCACUGUUGGAGACCGCUGGACCAGUCAGCAAGGGGGUUCGAGUGUUUUUCCUGACGGAGAUAGUAACUGGGUUAACAAAGUUACCUUUGGAAAUGCUGAGGGGGCAACAGGAGAUGACUACAAGAACCCAGGAUAUUAUGACAUUCAGGCCCAGGACUUGUCAGUGUGGCAUGUUCCCAACCUAGUUUCGAUGGAAAACUGGAAAAAAUCUUCCAUUGCAAGGUAUCACACAAACAGUCGAUUUUUCCCAAGGUAUGGAGGAAAUCUUCAUGGACUCUUUCAGCAUUUUCCAUUGAAAUACAAAGGUGGUGUGUGCAAAACUGAUAAUGGGCCUUCUAUUCCUAUUGUUUUCGAUGAGGGGGAUGCAAAACAUUUAAGAGAAAUGUAUGGGCCCCGCACAUAUGCUGGCACAGAACCUGGCUAUGUCACUUUUAGAGCAUUUAAUACUGAACAAGCAGCUCUGGCAAUCUGUUCUGGAGUAAAAGUGAUUGGGUGUCACACCGAACAUGUUUGUUUUGGUGGUACCGGGUACUUUCCUGAAGGUAGCCCUAAGCAAUGUGGAGACUUUGCAGGUUGGGACUGGAGUGGUUAUGGAACACACAAAGAAUGGAGUGCAACCAAAACAAUAACAGAGUCAGCUGUGCUGUUGUUCUAUCGCUGA